AUGGGUCGUAGAAAGAUCGAGAUUAAAGCGAUCAAGGAUGAUCGCAACCGUUCAGUGACAUUCCUCAAGCGAAAAGGUGGACUGUUCAAGAAGGCUCAUGAGUUGGCCGUCCUUUGUUCAGUCGAUGUCGCCGUUAUCAUCUUUGGCCAUAACAAGAAACUCUAUGAGUACUCCUCGUGUGACAUGCACGAGGCUCUCGGUCGCUAUCAAUAUUUUGGCCCACCCCAUGAGCACAAAGGACCCGAUGAUUUUGCCGGUAAGCGCGACGACGACGACGAUGAAGAUGAGACGACCCCGGCACCCGAAGAAAUUCAAGCCCAGCAGCCUCACCCCAUCGUUCCACCCCAUCUCCAACAGCCCGGUUUCCAGCAUAUCAAUCACGCCCCGUCCGCCUCUCCUCCAGUCGUGCAUAAUGGCCUUCCGAUAACGCGACAUGGUACACCACAGUCGCAAGUGUCUCGUCCCUCGUCUAGAAACCACGUUCGUCGCGUCAGCUCAAACCUUGGACCACACGGUCAUGCCACGCCCCCGCCUCCUCCACCCCAAAAUGGAUACUACAUGGCAAACCCCUCGAUGUAUAACCCGAAUGUUCACUCUGCAAUGAAUCAGCCUCGCCCCGGGCAAUACGCGCAAUAUGGUCAUCCUCCUCACGGUCCACAAGGCACACCGCCCCAAAUGCACCACCAGCACGCACAAGCUCAAGUCCAUCAUCCCCAAGCUCCCCAGCACUUCCAACACGCACAAAUAGUUGCGCAACAACAAAUGGGGAUGCCACCAGUCUCACAUGGACCAGUACAACAGGUGCCGCAGCAGCCGUAUAUAUCGGAGCCGGGUAGGGGGUCCAUGCCACCGGCCUUCGCAUCAGAACCUCAAUCAGAACGAACAGUACCGGUUCCCGAGAGCUCCCAGGAUAACGCAGCGGGUGCGAUGAAAACAGAACAUAGCCAGUCACCCCCGCAGCCCAAAUCCCUGUCCAAGUCUCAGUCCCGUAGCAUCUUUACUCCCAUUGAUGACCGUGGGUCUGUGCUUGCGCGCCAGUUUGGAUUCUAUGAUUCUCCACCGGGGCAAGGGAACCAGUUAUUGAAGCCAGAGCCUCCCCAGGAGAACUUGCGUAAUUCAAAGACUUCUGCUGCUGGCACGGCCUCGGAACCCCCGCGCCCACAGUUGAUACCUUCUGCAGCCGAGAUCAAGCCGCCUUCACGCACGAAUAGCGCCGCGCUUACUUCAAAGCGGCCGCAGCUGAAAGUCCAGAUUCCCAGCGAGAGCUCUGAUCGGGGUAGCGCAACGGGCGAAUCGUCCUCCCGAGACUCUGCUGGUAAUAAAACGGUGACUCCAGCCAAGGACAAUCCUCCAGCAGGAGUGGUGCUACCGCCGCCAUCGCCAUCCGCGGGAGCUAUUCUUAGUGCUGGCGCGCAAGGACCACCAAAUCCGUUUGCUCGGCCACCCCCACCAGGGGCCACGGGGCAAACGAACUACGGCAACAACAGCACCAAUGCCGGGAACAGCGGUAGUAACUCGAACAACAUCGAAACUCCAAUCUCCGCUCUUCCGAGUCGAUUUGUCUCGGAUAACCUCCUCCCAUCACCUUCCAGCUUCUUCCCUGAAUGGGGCUUCGGUCGUUCAGGACCAGACUCGAACCUCUUGCCGAGUCCACUCACUUUCCCGACGCCGGCGGUUCCUAGUGGGCCGAGCUUCUCGCGGGAAGAUGAGCAGGAUAAGAAACGCAAGACCCCCGAGGGCGGGCUCCCUUCUGAAGGAGCGAGCAAGAAACCGAAGACCUAG